AAUACUAAAUAUGUGAAACCACACCCGUGCGCGUAUAGCCAUUCCAUUUAUUUGCUCAUCGUCAGGGGAUUCGGGUUUUCCCCCAAGUCUACAAAUAGCGUACGUGGGCUCGUAGAUUAGAUACCAAUUCGACUGGUUUCGACUGAUUAUAUUCUUCUCCUUUACUAUACUCUACUGUGAAGCUUCUCCUCCGUUACCUGAAGGAAUCGAUCACGGGAACUGGAGAUCAUCACACGAUUUGGUGUGCAGUCCCCCGCGUCCAGCAAUUACUGCCAACAAAUAUUUGAAGAUCGUGACAUACGAUGUCCAUUCUCCCUCAAGCCAAAUUCUGGAGAAGCAAGCACGAUGCUGAGAGAUUACCGUCGGCAGCCAUCGCUGUUCCAUUCGCUGGUCGCAUUGGUGCCAAUCAAGAGUUCUCCCUGAACAAAGACAACUGUGCGCAUUUAGAAAUAUUGCAGAAGUUUCCCGAUGCUGCUCCUUGGAUCCCACUACGAGAUGCCCUAUCUUUGCGACACAUUCUGCAACCAGCGCUAUGGAAGGCCGCAUGUGUUGAGGCAGUAGGAACAUGUUUGCUAGUAUACUUGACCUGCUUCUUUGCUAUAGGCUUAAGCCAUACUGUGAACAUCUUUGCGACUGGGGCACUUGUACCUAGCUUAAUUGGUGGAUUUACGACGAUGUUUGUCCUUCCUUUGUUCAUCUUCGCCACAGGUCCAGUUUCUGGAGGCCACCUUAAUCCUACCAUCACCCUCGCCACAUUCUUCGGGCGCCUAUCGACGUUGCCGCGAUGCAUUCUAUACGUCGCAUUUCAGAUGUUUGGAGGAGCCAUGGGAGGUUUACUGUUGAGAGCAAGCUUCGACACGAGAGAUUUCGUCGUUCCCGGUUGCUUUAUUGAUACCACAAAAGUCUCAUUGGGCAGCGCGUUCGCCAUGGAAUUCACCACAGAUUUCGCGUUAAUCUUUCUCGCGUUUAGUGUGGGACUUGACCCUCGACAGCGCUCUGUAUUCGGGCCAGCCUUGGGCCCUAUCUUUGUUGGCGUGAUUUUAGGAGUGUGUACUUUUAUGACGGGCUUUGCUCGUAUUGGUUACACUGGGUUCUCGGGAAACCCUGCACGGUGCUUUGGGGCAAUGGUUGGGUCGCACUUUGUUUCUUACCAUUGGAUACAUUGGAUAGGACCGUUGGCUGCCUCUAUGGUUCAUGGGGUGCUAUACUAUUGUCUUCCACCUUACGACCGAGAGAGGCUUCCAGCUGUGACCGCCGAAUCAUCUUGAGUUGUGAAAUCAUCAAUCGAAGUCGCAACCAUAAUAUUUAGGUAGCGAGCCUGCUUAAUUCAGAAUUGUCUAUGUUGCUACUUUGCAGCCUGCAAAAGACAACGUCGGCAAUAACUGGGCAAAGGGUCACAGCGGAGAAGAUCAAAAACCAUGGGACUGGUCUAUCAGACAUCUGGCCAACAGCUGGUUCUCAAUAACGUGCUUCGUUAUUGCAGUGUUAUCCGAGCGAAACGACGUAGCUCCGAAGCUUGCUAGGCAGCAGAAGAUUUGGAUGGGGGAUAUUACGGCAGUUUGGCCCAACAAUCCGACCACAAAAGUUAUCACAAUGGGUGGCGAGCAGGGCGAUCCGGUGGGCCAAUCAGCAAGCUGUGCGAAUCUCAUACUUCGGAAUAAAGCAUUUUCUAGCCAGGCUGUUACAAUUGGGGACAAGGAUCACUAGGGCAAGACAUAUCUUGAGCGAGCCAAAACAUGUGUCAGACCAUAAUGGCGAGACCAACAGAAUAGAGUCAAAGAGAAACAAUGUCCAUUGCCC